UGUUGUUAUCCCUGGUCUAAUGGCUGCUGGUGAAGCAGCCUAUGCAUCUGUCCAUGGUGCAAAUAGGCUAGGCGCAAAUUCACUUCUUGACAUAGUUGUUUUUGGCAGAGCUUGUGCAAACAGGGUAGCAGAUAUUUCUAAACCAAGUGAGAAGCAGAAACCUCUGGAAAAAGAUGCUGGAGAGAAGACCAUAGCCUGGUUGGACAAGCUGAGGAAUGCGAAUGGGUCAUUGCCAACUUCCGAGAUCCGUCUCAACAUGCAACGUGUUAUGCAAAAUAAUGCUGUUGUGUUCCGUACACAAGAAACACUUGAAGAAGGUAUUGCUGGUGCUCUUUGUGUAGUUCCUUUUACUACUAUUAUGAGCACUUGAAGAGCCUUAUCUUGCGCUGGUUGUUCGAUUACGUGCAAGCC